UUCACACCAGCGUGUUAUAUUGAAGCGACUAUUGAGUUACUUUGCGUUCAAACUAAAACAUGUAAUGUAAUACAGUGAAGCCCGGUGUUUUGUUCCUAUUUUGUGACUUUCGAGGCCACCGUAGUUGUAGCUGUGGCGUUAGUGUCAUGGCCGCGAUGGAGCGAGUUUACUUUUAAUAAAUUGCUUUCUCUCGGACUCAAAUAAUGUAAAAUGGCAGCCGUUUUCCUGGUUACGCUGUAUGAGUACUCUCCUCUGUUCUACAUCAGUGUGGUAUCCUUGUGUUUCGUUGUUACCGCUGCCGUCGUGCUCGGCUGGUUUGGUUUCGAUGUCCCUGCGAUUCUUCGCAGCUCAGAUGAGACAGAGUCCAUCCUUCCAACCCCUGAGAAGCAAAUGGUACAGGUGACGAAUCCCUUCGGCUUGGCGAUGGGCUAUGGGACAGCAUCUGUCAUUGAUGGUAUAUCAGUGAGGCCUUUUUGUCUGGAGCCCUGCAUCCUGAGCUGUUUCUGGGGAUGUGAGGUCAUCGCCGUCCAGGGAGCUCUGAAAUCUCACCAGCACGGGCCGAGGCUCAGCACCCCCCAACAUUUUCAGGAGGCCUUCCACCUACGUUACCACCACAGUCAGAGUUUCCAUGUCAGCAGUGACAACAACGAGGAACACUACACUCAGAUUCCUGCUGAACAGGGGAUAACCGACUUUGGAUUGUUGCCAAGGGCCCACUACCCUCUUGUGGCUGUGCUGACGCUGGCAGAGUCAGAAGCCAGGGACGUGUACAACAUUGUGGCCAGUGUGACUGUUAUUCAUGUUCCUGAUGACAAAUACAGCCUUUCUGCUCGGAUUCUUUUUCAAUACCUUCUCACCUCACAGGGGAACAUGUUCGAGUUAAAGCCUCUGUUCAUGUCAGCUGACAGCAGGGGGGUACCGGGGCCUCCUGACACAGAGCAGAGCACCUCUCCCUAUCAACCCACAGAGGAGGCACACAGACUGGAGCAGAGUUCUGUGCUGGAGGAGGAGGACUGGUCGGAAGGGACAGGCAGAGACUGUGUGGUCUGUCAGAAUGCAGCAGUGAACAGGGUGCUGCUGCCCUGCAGACACGCCUGUGUGUGUGACCGCUGUAUGUCACACUUCCAGCACUGCCCAAUUUGCAGGGCAUUUGUCCUGGAGUCGUUCGCACUGACACAAGAGCCCGUUGUAGAAUGGUAACUCCCCGCUCUGUCAGUGUGGGAUGCGUCAGUGUCACUUAUUAGAUAAAAUGCAGUUUGGCAGUACUCACUAAAGAAGCUCUGAAUUUACAUAAUGUUACACCCAGUUUCCAUAAAUGGAACCAUUAUUGGAAAAGUUCAGCUGGACUGUAGACAUGUAUUUGGAGUUAUUCAGGGAGUUACACUGCAGCAGCUGUAAACAGUACUGACCACUCCAUUAGACUGCCUCCAGCAUACUCCGUGUGUGUCCAUACUGUGGGGCGGCUGUGGUUGAAUGGAUGCCUCCAACCAGAGGGUUGGCAGUUAGAUCCUCUUCCCCAUCUGCUAAGUGUCCUUGGGCAAGAUUCUGAACCUCGAAUAGCCCCAUAAUAAAAAGUGCUGCCCAUAAAUGCACUGUAUGAAUGUAAAACUGUACUGUAAAGCACUUUUGAGUGGUCAUCAAGACUAGAAAAGCUCUAUAUUAAUAGACCAUUUGCUGUUUUCCAGUUAGACUGAACUGAAUGAAUAUAGUGUUUUCAGUGUGACAGCAGCCGGAUUUACAGCAAACGUAGUCCCAUACAUUUGCCUCAACCUAAGUUGUCAACACUUGUCAAAGAUCAUUAUUUUCUGUCAAACGGAUAAUGGAGCUGUAACACAAUCAUUCUGCUGCUGUGCCACCACAAACGUGUAAAUUCAUCAUUACAUGUACUGUGGUUCUAUCUGUAAUGAACCAGUCCAGCUGAAUUGGUCAGGUGGUAGCUUGAAAUAUUUGAAUAAUAUAACAUGUUAGGAAGGGGACUGAUGAUUUUAGUAGAUAGGUAUAUUAUGAACUACAUAGUAUACACAAAAUAUUGAAUAUGUCGUGGCUAAACAAAGCUGCAUGAUUUUAAUUCCUUGUAGAUUUAAAUAUCAUCCAUGACAAAUGUCUAUUUGUACAAGAUGUUAGUUUGACUUCACAGCAGCAGUGCAGUAUUUAUUAACCACAGCCAAUACAAAUUUUUCAUCUGACUCAUUGUACAUGGUGAUGUAAACCAGGAGCUUUAAGAUAAAUUUGACAUGCAUGUAUUCUGUUGUAUUCCUGGGUAUGGAUUGAAUGACAAUCAGCAGAGGGUGCUACCAGGUCCAUAAACAAUCACACAAGACUAGGGUUUAAUGGGCCAUGUAGCUUAUACUCUUGAUAACUUUUCAUUUGAAAUUGUUUAGUGAUGUCAGCCUUAGCUAGUAAGUUCACAUUGAGUCAAGAAUACCUUUUGUCCAUUACUAUUUGCAAGAUCGGGAACAAAACUUCACACUCAAACACCAGGUGUUAAAUCAGUACUGAACACUCAGCAGACAGUGUUGAGACAUAAGAAAAACGCACAACUUACAAUAGUUUGUUAUAUUUCAGUACAUGGAAGUUAUUUUAUAUAAGUGGAAACAGAACAGAAGAUAAUGAGUGAAACUAAUUUGUUGGCAAAUGUUGCUUCCCACAAACAAAAACCUGUCGUCUCUGGCCUUGUCGCAUAGAGCACAGUAAAUCCUUUACAAUGUAAUGAAAAAGAUCAGGUGGAGAAAAUGACUGACACACUUAGGGUUUAUACAGGCUUGUAGUCCAGUUUGGACUCAAGCUUCUUUGAAUCAGCCACUUUACGCACAGCUUUCAUGAAGUCUUCCUGAGUGACGUACUCCCGGUCAGCGCGGAUGGCAAACAGACCUGAAGCCACAACAGAUGUUAUUGGACAACACGAAUUGGGAAAAAAUCUAAUUAUUGAUUACACUGAAAGAAAGAUUCGUCCCACCUGCUUCUGUGCACACGUUUCUCAGAUCAGCUCCAUUGAAGCCAUCCGACAGCUUCACUAUGGCUUCAUAAUCUGAAAACAAUCACAAGCAAAAGUUCUUCUAUGUGAGUUCACCAUUGACAGGAGUAAUGAUCGCUGCUGCUGCAAUUACAAAUGGUUCCUUAUGAUUAAAUUAGUUAGUUACACCUGUGAGGCUAUGCAUUAACAUCAUUCCUUCAUGACAUCUGUAUCAAUAUAUCAUGUUUAUAUGUGAAAACAGACACUGUGGAGAAGCCCAGAAAAUGUUGUCAGGAUUGUGACAGUUGGAGGUAAAACCUUUGAUGAGUGCACAGAAAUAAUAAACAGGUAAGCAUUUGAUGAUUAUUUUCCAAUCAUUUCAUGACCUAUGUGGUUUUGUAAUCAAUACAUUUGUUCUGUGAAAUAUCAAAGAAAAGAGUCAAACUAAUGAAUGAAAAAUAAAGCAAUUAAUUCUG